GUUAGUGUAUAGUCUUUCUAUUUUCUUUCUUCUCUCUCCUCAGUCUGUUCUUCCUACUCCCGAUCCAUUCGCAGAGGGCAGCAGCCACCUCCUCUCCCCGCGGCCGAGCUCGCGCCUCGCCCGCCGCCUGAACUCGUCUUGCCUGCGGCCGAUCUCCCCCCUCCGUUCGCCGCGCCGCAACCCGGAGAGGAGACCGCGCUCGGUCGAGCACCCCCUGGGGCAGCGUCCUCGCGACCAGCUCCGGCGCGGCGUCCGCCCUCAGCAGCCCGGGUGUCCCCGGGAACGUCUCCGGCGCGGCCGGCACACAGCUCGACAGGUGUGUCUCCGUCCGUACAGCGCCACGAUCUUCUCUCUCCUUCGUACGCCAACAGCUCGUCCCUCUCGAUUCUGGUCCAGUUUCAGAUCGGCCCUCGCACUAAAAAUGUCAUUACGCACCCAAUCCGCUUGUCGUAAUUCCUAGGCUUUUCAGUUCAGUGCAGUGUACCAAGAUUCUCUGUUAAUUUGUGUAUGAGAUCAGUUAACUGAUAAAGACAUGUGAAGAACCAGUGAUCAGUAAUCUGUACGCUUCAGAUUGUAGUAUCCUUGAGAUGGAUGGAAGAGAAUCAGGCUUAUGGUAAAUCCUGGUGAAUAUUCAUGGGAGGUCAGCAAGUUCUGGCCUGACUAAGACUAGUAAAAAUACGGUGCUUCAUCUCAGAUCAUCAAUGGUGAGAAUGAGGUUCCCGAAACGUUAUAUAAUAGUAUUGUUGACAUUCAUCUGCACAAAUGUUUGCUACAUUGAGCGUGUGGGUUUCUCAAUUACCUAUACUGUUGCAGCUGAUGCCAUCGGUGUGAAUCAAGCCAACAAGGGCAUGAUACUCUCUAUGUUCUAUUAUGGUUAUGUUUUAUCACAGAUUCCUGGUGGAUGGGCAGCACAGAGAAUAGGAGGUAGACGUGUCCUGCUACUGUCAUUUGUAUUGUGGUCAAUGAUAUGUGGUUUAAUUCCACUUGAUCCCAACAGAGUAACCAUUCUGGUCCUUUCUCGCCUAUUCGUUGGUGUAGCACAAGGUUUCAUAUUUCCUGCCAUUCACACUGUCCUGGCACAAUGGGUGCCGCCGCAGGAGCGCUCUCGCUCAGUAUCUCUUACUACCUCAGGGAUGUAUCUUGGUGCAGCCUGUGGCAUGCUUUUCUUCCCAAGUCUGGUGAAGCACAUGGGACCCCAGUCAGUUUUUUUUGUUGAAGCAGUGUUGGGAGCAGCAUGGUCUGUAAUAUGGCUGAAAUUUUCCAGUGACCCACCCCGUACUGAUCUUCCAAAGGUAUCAAUGCCAAAAGUGCCAUCUCGAGACAUGAUUAAGGCACAAGCAGGAGGGGUUGUGGCACCUCGCACGGUAAAGAUCCCGUGGCGAAGGAUAAUAUUCAGCCUACCUGUUUGGGCAAUAGUUGUGAACAACUUCACGUUCCACUAUGCCCUCUAUGUUCUUAUGAACUGGCUCCCUACCUAUUUUGAGCUAGGCCUUAAGCUUAGCCUCCAGGAUAUGGGUUCCUCAAAGAUGCUUCCCUAUUUCAACAUGUUCAUUUUCUCCAAUAUCGGCGGUGUGGUUGCUGAUCACUUGAUUACAAGGAGGAUUCUAUCUGUUACCAAGACAAGGAAGCUUCUGAACACCAUCGGGUUCAUCGUCUCAGCGUUUGCACUCAUGGCCCUUCCUUUGUUCAGCACACCGUCAGGCACUGUAAUGUGUUCAGCGAUAUCCCUCGGUUUUCUUGCUCUAGGAAGAGCAGGGUUUGCCGUGAACCAUAUGGAUGUUGCUCCGAAGUUUGCAGGGAUAGUGAUGGGAGUCUCAAACACGGCGGGGACACUGGCUGGAAUCGUCGGUGUCGGCCUCACGGGCAAUAUUCUGGAGGCGGCAAAGGCUUCUAACAAGGAUCUAACGGACUCGGAAACCUGGAAAACAGUCUUCUUCGUUCCAGCAUACCUUUGUAUUUUCAGUUCCGUCAUUUUUUUGAUCUUUUCGACAGGCGAAAAGAUCUUCGAAUAAAGGGUGGCUAUUACUUUUUUUGCCAAUUCUUUUCUUACUUACGGUGAGGCAGGAUUGUGAAACGGGUAUCUUACAUGUAUCUGUAGCAUUUGUUACAAAAUUUUCAGAUUUUAGACUGCAUCACAUACACGAUCAGAGGCUAUGUCAGGAGAUCUUGCAUUUUCGUUAUGAUGAAGACUCGGUUCAUUGGCAGUCACACUCACACUCCAAUGCAGCUAACAGAAUUUGCUUCUCUCCCAGGUUAACUUCUUGGUUUUGGUACAUAGUCCCACCACAAAGUUUGUCAAGUUCCCUUACCUUUGCCAUGCAAUGUAAACAUAUAUGGUGCCAAUGAGAAUAAACGGCAUUGCUAUUUUCUUAUCUGCAUGGCCCUUGUUGAGGCAAAUUCA